AUGUUAGAAUUGCAGGAGCACCUUUUCCUGGUUGCAGACUCUGGCGCGAUUGGCGGAGCAGUCAGCGUGAAUCCGUUUCUCAAAACACACUUUGAUCCGCUCUUUGCUUGUCAUCAUGUGCUUCACCUUCCAUCUGACAAGAAAGGUCUCCAGACUGACAUCAGUCGCUUUGCAGAUCUGAUCAAGCUUCCAUGGGCUUAUAAUGGUACGCAAAUGGACGCUGCAGCGAGGCAAGCCUAUGCUAGACCUGAGGCUUCAUGGAGAAAGAUGCUUAUUACGCAGCCUCCUGUUGCGCAUCUGGACUGGUGGCAUUUUUGGAAGUCAGAUACCAAUAGUGGUUGGUCCCGCCACGAAUGUACUGAAGUCGUUACAAUCGGCAUGCUUUGGGACUGGCUUAAGGCCGUACUCAUACGAGAGUGCGAUUCGCAGAUCGUCAUCUUUCCCGGCGGCUGUGCGCUGCUAGAAGACCCAUCUUCCAGCCCCUCGGAGACAACCUGGGCCCGUCGUGCAGCAGAUAUCGGUGUCGCUAUCACCGACCCCAACAUACCUAGGAUCAAGAUCACGACGCAUCAAUCAUGGCCUGGCGAAGGACCUUCUGUGUUCCACCGCUUCAAUAUGCAGCGACGAGAAUGGGAAGAAGUCAUGCCCGAGCACCAAAUUGAUCUUACAGCAGCACAGCAGAGACGAGCUAUUCGGUUUACUGGUGAAGGCACUUGGUGGUUGAUUUCUGAUUGUCAGCUUGAGGGAAAUAAUGACAGCUCAGGCCGGUGGUCGAAGAGCGAUGCAUUUCAAUGGAUUGCAAUGCGCGAAGUUACACGCAGGUCGGGUGGAGAUGGUGCUCGUAACAUGGCCGCGAGAAGCCGGAUCGCAUCAGCACUUGAGCAGCGCUUAAGUAAUUGACAGCAAAGCUAUUAAGAAAAGUCUAUGCACACAUAACGCGCACGAGCUCGAGCACGCGAACAUCUCAACUAGCGACUUUGUAGGCAAUGCUGAGUACUUCGACUG